CACACAGGCGCCUCCCCAUCUCGGAGCAGCCGCACUCACGACUCACGACUCAGCCCCAGAGACGCAGCGGAGCAGCCGGGAGGGACGCGCUGUUACCCGGAGGCCUUUCCCCUUUUGUUCGGAGUCGGAGCGCGGGGGGAGAGGGAGUUGGUUCCGUGGGAUCGGGGGUCGCGGAUUGUAUUGGGUCGCGGGGCUCUCGCUACGUUGUGUCCCGGCGGGGAGAGGCGCCACGGAGGAAUCCCGGGAUUUGUAUCUGCACCGACCCCUCCCCGACCCUCCACUGACACCGCCUGACCCGCCGCUGCUUCUGCUUCUCCCCCGGGGCUGGAACUAGCGGCUCCUUCUGCUUCUCCCGCCGCCGCCGCCGCCAUUUUCCCGUGGGUUUAGCGGAGUCCAGUCAUGUGAUCAGCUCAGCCCCGAGCUGCCGCCGCUCAUCUCUCCUGGAUCUAUUGGAUCUAUUGGCUCAUGUGCAGCCUCAGCCCGGGAUAUGGGUGAAUGGGCACGUACAGGCAAAUGAAGGUAACUGUGUACAGGUGGCCCACGCCCAGGCAAGGUGCUACUUUGUGUCGGUGCUGUGGCAGACACAAAAAGGCAGUCAGCUUCCUGUUACAUAGAAUACUUAACUCUCUCCCCAACUGGAGUCUGGAAUACUAGAAGGUCAGAUUAUUUAUAUACUGUUACACUUGGAGACCACACAACAUACACACGUUGUAGAGACGGUAGUGGGCUGUAAAUCUGUCAUGGAGCAAAGAGAAAACAUGAGCUCCAACCGGGCAAGGGGAUGCGAUGCUGAUUCCAAUCCGCCUGCCCCGGCAGGGAAAGCCCCACCAGCGGCUAGUUGUUCUGGAGAUACCAUGAUACCUGCUUCUGGGAAGGCUAAGGCUGGGCUUGGGAAUGGAGAAACUGUGGAGCAGGAGGAAGAAGAUGAAUUGGCGCCUGGAAGGGAUGUGGAUUCCAACUCAAACGCCGACAGCGAGAAGUGGGUGACCGGCGAUGGUUUGGAAGAGCAGGAGUUUUCAAUCAAAGAGGCAAAUUUUACCGAAGGGAGUCUAAAAUUAAAGAUACAGACCACCAAGAGGGCUAAGAAACCUCCAAAGAACCUGGAGAACUAUAUCUGUCCUCCCGAGAUUAAAAUUACUAUAAAGCAAUCGGGGGAGCAGAAACUCUCCAAGGCCGGGAGGAACAGCAAAGCCACCAAGGACGACGACCAAACUCAUGCGAGAAAGAAGGCCAAUGUCGUGUGGGAAAAAUUCCCUCUGCAAUCAAAUCACCAGAGAAAAUUGCCUGGGAACGCGGCAGUGGGACAAGUCUCACAAGUGCAUGAGAAAUCGCAGAAGCAUUCUACUGUGCAUUUUGACUCCAGCACCCCUUCGGAUAUCGCCAAUGACUCCUUAAAACCAAAGCACCAGCAGAAAAGUAACCAGCACCAUCUCGAUUGGUUGGCAAAGUCAGACUCUGGGCCAACGACGCAGAGUAGUGUUGCUAAUGUUGAGUCUUGCAAAGAAGCAUCUAGUGUCACCAAGACCCCAAGUACAGAAGCCAGUGCUCCAUUUAAAACUCCGUCAAAGAAAUCGAAUGUGGGUAGCUCUUGGAAUAAUUUAUCAAAUGCAAAGGAGAUUACGAAUGGUAGUACAAUGCCGUCAGCUUCCAACAUCAGCACUGGGUCUUCAUCCAGCAAUGCUGCUGAUUGUAAUGGGCCCCCACCCUCAGAAGACCAAAAAAACGGCCUCAGGGAGACUCCUGAGCAAUCUGGAAAUGCAAAGAAAAAAGUUGGGAAGAAAGACUUAAAUCAAACCAUGCAGGUUAAGGAGAGCGAGAAGGGCAAAAGUAACUCAAAAGCAGUGGACCCCAAAAAUCAUGAUACAACGGAAAGCAAAAAGGAUCCCAACCCUACAGAUAAUAAAUUACCAGCACCACCACCACAGCGACAGGAUGUAUCUUCUGGAAACAGUUGUGAAAGUGACUCAAGCCAUGUCGGAUUAACUACUCCAAUGAAAACUACCAACGCUGAUUCAUCUGCCAACAAAAGGAAAAAGAAACCAUAUAUUAAACCUACUGUGGAUAAAAAGGUGCAGGAGAAUCAGUCUUUAGGGUGUAUGGUCAUCAACGAAGUAAGAAAUCAAAUGAUUGGGCAGAUCCUGGCAAACAAGAAAGACAGCAGAGUUAUGAAACAGGGUAAAGUUUUUGGUACUGAACUCACAUCAAAGUUACCCGAGAGUAAUGGAGGUGGAGGGAAAUCUUUAUUGAGCAGCAUGGCUUGUCUCCAGAAGGUAGCGACUCCGUUACCACCUUCCAAAGCCAUUUCAGAAAUGGCAAAAUCAAAAACACCAGAAUUACAGCAUCCAAAACUGGCAUCAAAAAAACGUUGGGCAAACGUCAAGCCAAAAAUCAGUAACCGCAAUGACAACUCUGCCUUGCUGUCGGAAAAAAUUGUGGUUGAACCUCCCUCAGCCUACCCAAUAACACCAUCAAGCCCACUUUAUACCAAUACAGAUAGCCUUACGGUAAUAUCUCCAACAAAGAAAAAGCGGGGUCGACCAAAGAAACAACCCUUGCUUACUGUAGAAACUAUCCACGAGGGCACAUCAACUAGCCCCGUAAGCCCACUUAACAGAGAGUUCCCUGGUAUAAAGAAGAGGAAAGGGAGACACAAUCUCUCUAACCUUGUCCAGAUAAAUCCAUCCAUGGAAAGAUCAAUCAGCGAAUUGGAAUUUAACAAAAAAGUGGGUAAGCUGGGAAUGCUAGACAAGAAAACAAUAAAAACCAUUAAUAAGAUGAAAACUCUCAAAAGGAAGAAUAUUUUAAACCAAAUUUUGUCAUGCUCAAACAGCAUGGCAUUAAAGUCAAAAGCCCAGCCCCAAACAAAUGCAAUAGCAACUGUAGCCACAACUUUAGAUGCUAGAUUAGGCAAGCAGAUCAAUGUUAGCAAGAGGGGAACAAUCUACAUUGGCAAGAAAAGGGGAAGAAAACCCAGAACCGAGCAGAUGCCCCUACAAAAUGAAUGCAGAACAGCCAAUAAACAUUCAAGGCCUGUUUCCAGCCAGCCUGAAAACCCAGCAGUGCCUUCAAACUUGCAGUCACUUGCGGCGUCUUCACCAGCAGCUCUUCACUCUAUUACGACACAGCUAAUCGGUUCAAACUGCAAUCUCAGUCCUGCCAAUACCGAUACAAUAUUUUCCGAUUUAAAAACUAUGCCAAAUCUUCAGCCAAUCAGUGCUCUUCCAACAAAAACCCAGAAAGGUAUACUUGGUAGUUCGUGGAAGUUGUCUCCACCAAGAUUAAUGGCUCUGUCUCCUUCUCAUUUAUGUGAGAUAAGCUCCCUAAAAGAGGUCACGUUGUCACCAAUAAGCGAGUCACACAGUGAAGAAACCAUACCGAGUGACAGUGGAAUCGGUACGGAUAAUAAUAGCACUUCUGAUCAGGCAGAGAAAAGCUCAGAAUCGCGCAGAAGGUACUCUUUUGACUUCUGUUCUCUGGACAAUCCAGAGGUUACACCAUCAGACGCCAACACAAAGGGCAAGCAUGGCCACCGACCGAAACAUCUCAUUGUUGACAACUUUCUUGCCCAUGAAAGUAGUAAAAAGCCAAAGCACAAGAGAAAGCGGAAAAGUCUUCAGAACAGGGACAACCUGCAGUUUCUGGCGGACCUUGAAGACCUCGUCAACAAAUUUCAAGUCUUCAGAAUCUCCCACAGAAGCUAUACGUUCUACCAUGAAAAUCCUUAUCCGAGUAUAUUCAGGAUUAAUUUUGAUCACUAUUACCCUGUGCCAUAUAUACAGUAUGACCCAUUGCUUUACCUUCGAAGGACCUCUGACAUGAAAUCGAAGAAAAAGCGUGGUAGACCUGCCAAAACCAAUGACACCAUGACAAAGGUGCCUUUUUUGCAAGGGUUUGGAUACCCUAUUCCCAGCGGAAGUUACUAUGCACCAUAUGGAAUGCCUUACACAUCAAUGCCUAUGAUGAACCUUGGUUAUUAUGGUCAGUAUCCAGCUCCGUUGUAUCUGUCCCACACUCUAGGGGCAACGUCUCCAUUUAUGAGGCCCUCUGUACCACCACCUCAGUUUCACACAAGCCCUCAUAUGAAGAUGCCUACUGCUGCCAAGCUUAAAACAAAACAUGGAAUACAUCUUCAACCCUCUGUAGGAAUGGGGCUAGGUGACAUGCAGUCGUCUUUGGCUACUUCCAAAACGUCUGGAGUUGGUCUUUCAAGCAGCCGACUUCACAAAAGGAAGCACAAACAUAAGCACAAACACAAGGAAGAUCGUAUCCUAGGGGGACACAGUGAAUUUGGCAGCCUUUUUUCAGGCAAAGCCGCCAGCUUUUCGAGUCAUGUAGCAAACGAAAAGCCUAACCUGUCUGGCAAAGACCUUUCCUCCGUUAAUGAGAAAAGUAAGCAUAAAGACAAGCAGAAGCAUCAGCAUUUAGAAACUGGACAAAGGGGGUCAAAGAGUUGUUUCGAGGUUGAUACCCUUUCAUCGUUGUCGCUCUCCGAUGCUCAGCAUUGGCCAUCGUCUAAAGAGAAAACGGACCUAAACGGCGACUCUGAUAGCUGCUUGAAAAAAUAUGCUGGAAAUAAUGACUGCAAUGCCAGGGGAGACUGUUCCGACCUGUUUGUUGAAAUGAGUUCAGCAAAUGAAAAAAGGGACAGUGAUCUAAGCGGAAAAAGGCGGAGCUUUGAAGGUUUUGGAUCUUAUAGAGAGAGAGACAUUCAGUCAUUUAGGAUCAACAGGAAGGACAGAAACGCCUUUGAUGCUGCAGCACCAGGUAUGACAAACGCUCAUCUAAAGGCAGAUCAGAUGUCUCAGCAAAGUAAGAGCGAUCUCCAUUCUUCCAGCAAUAUGACCAAAAGGAAACCAGCAGCGGAAUCUAUGGCCAUGUUGCCGAAUCCAGUCUUGUCCUUUUUUUCUUCAUCCUCUGAAUCAGCCAGCGCUUCACUUCGAAAAAGGUUCAAUCGUUGCGAGAUCGAGGCCAUCCAGAGCGAGGUGCAGAAGAUGUGCAACUACAAUAAAAUUCUGUCCACCAAAAAAAACAUGGAUCAUGUCAACAAAAUUCUCAAGGCCAAGAGAUUACAAAGACAAUCAAAGACUGGCAAUAACUUUGUAAAGAAGAAGAGGGGGCGUCCCAGGAAGCAACCCCUCUUGUUUGAUGAAGACUCUAGAGACCAAAUGCCAGUUUUAGAAAAAUGUGUUGACCUUCCCAGCAAACGAGGUCAAAAGACUUCUUUGCACUCUGUGGACUUGGAAGCCGGCCGCCAAGACUUGGUCAUGGAUACUAUUGAGGCGGUGAUACAUAUGGCGAGGGAAGGCCAAUCUUGUCGCGUACCAAGAAACGGAAAGAGGAAAAUCAUUCAGGAGGAAGACAUCAAAGCAAAGAGACUCAGAAAGGGUAGAAGAGGGGAGUCGGACUCCACCUGUUAGGAUCACUAUAAACUGAGAUUUAGUAGGUCGGAAUAAGUGAUGCUAAGAGGUACCGAUAAUCAUACCGGUGGGAUUGACUUGGCUUGACCCUCAACUUUGUAAACAGUUGAUAUAUGAACCUCUUGGCAUUAGGCUUUGAGAUUAGGAUGCCACCGUAUAUCACAUGUAACUGCAGUUUUAUCAAUAGUCACAAUGGAUAUUCAGCAACGUAUUUUCUUGCUUAAGGCUAGGAUGUACCAUGUUAUUUUGCAUUGAAAGACCACCCAGCAUCGCCCAGCAAAGAUGCAUACUCAUACUGGCGAAGGAAGGUAGAAGCAGAGGAGGCUACUCUGAACCCUGCACUAUCCAGGGCCCUAGAAAGCAGCAGAGGCGAUACAAUGAUUCAUAUGCUAAAUAACGGUGACCCCAAUGUAGAUUCUUUCACCCUGGGCUACACCACCACUAAGCCUGUGGCAGGACAGCUAGAAAGCAUUGUUACUUUGUUACUCUACUCUAGUAUGUAGAGUAUGUUGGCAAAUGCUUGGGUAAAAAUACUUUAAUUUUCUAACAUUCGUGUAACUCUGGUUCCCCCCAUUUAGCUCAUUGUAUCAUCGCUGUGAAGAUGAAAAGAAUUAAGAGUAUAGUGCAGAAUACAGUGUUAAUUGAGUGGUUACCGCACUCUGAACACCGUGGAUAGGUGGUGGUGGUUCAUAUGCCUCCUAGUUGCCUGGCGGGUAUCAAAUCAGCAAUAGAAAUGGAUCGUUAUCCUGCUUUGACGCUCUGUCGCCAUAAUAAACGGGUAGAACACCUUCUUGAUACAUCGUGGGCGUGGCUCCUUUCUAUUAAUGUACAGAGUACACCACCAACCGUUUAUAUUGGCUCGUUUUCUGUUACUGUGACCAUAGAAUUCCCUGGAUAAAUACAUACCUUCUAUAUACAUAUAUGUAUAUAUUUUCCUCUUAAUUACCAUAAAACAUGAAGCAAGUGUUCUUACUUUGGGGGGGAAACAAAUGAAAACAUUAAAUGAAGCCAAGUUGGGGGUGGUUUUGGGGAAUCAUAACUGUAGUUGCCUUAAUCUAGUCAUUUUUGUACAUAAUGUACAGUUCAUAUAAAGUUAUCAGUCUGCAUGAAUGCAAACUGUCUUUGGGAAAUAUUCAUGGUACCAAAAUUUUUUUUUUUGUCAAUUAAAUUCAAUUGUACCACUUAUCCUAAAAAUCUCAGAAUAACCACAGUCGCCUGGAUAAAACCCCAACUAAUGAAUAAUCUUGUAAGCAUUAUAUAUUUCCAUUAUCUUGCUUGCGUUUUGGGGAUGCGUAGACAUGGACAACCGUUGACUAGCCUUCCAGGAGUGAAUCCAACACGGCAGCUCACUCUGUAUAGACUUCUGUCUUCCUUUAAAGGGAAAUUCUCUCCUUCGUUUCUCUUUGCUUUCCUACAAAUAUUUAAGUCAGAAUAAGAAAGGGUUUUUCUACACGGAGAACUUAAAUGAACAUAUUUGUAUUUAUUAAUGAGUCUUAGCUGCCAUAUUGUUUCCUCUGAGAAGAUUAGAAUAAAAGAUUAAAAUAAUGAAACCGUGUCCAAAGUUGCCAAGAAUUGUCAUGGCUGAAACAUCUCGCCUAUCUACGUAUUUGUGUUCUGCGCAAAGAAAGGACCUAUAUUCUUUUCAAAGUCCAUGACUGGACAAUACAUAGUGUAGACCAGGGAUCCCCAACCUUUUUUUUACCCGUGAGCCACAUUCAAAUGUAAAAAAAUUUGAGGAGCAUGAAAAAAGUUGCCGGGGAUUCCAAAUAAAGGAAAUAAUUGGCUAUUUAGUAGCCCUAUGCGGACUGGCAGCCUAAAUGAGGCUCUGUUUGGCCAUAAAUCUGUUUUUAAGCAACUAAAACCGUGUUUCCAAGCCUGGAACUCAAAAAUAAGCACCUGUGAGGCCACUUGGAGCAACAUCCAUGGGGUUGGUGAGUAACAUGUUGCUCACAAGCCACUGGUUGGGGACCACUGGUGUAUAGUAUAGUAUGCAAAUUUGACUUAUUGGAAUCCCAGAACAUUCCUUCCUUAAUUAAAAUAUAAUCCUGAAGCUUUAAAAUCAGUUUAUAACACGUGCGUCGUGUAAAAAGCCGUUGAUUGAUUCUAGCGGAUGUUUUUGUCUCAAAAUUAUUUGCACUUCCACACUCGCCACAUAUUUUAAGCCUCUGGGUUAUGCACUUAACUUCCAUGAGUCCGUCAUCGAUAGUGGCAUUCAAGGUACGUUGUAGUAAAAUUCGAAAAUCGUAUUAUGGGGCAUUUCUGAUAACUAGAUGAAUCCUUUAAAAACGUUACAUUGUUUUGAAACCGUUCUAAGUGCACAGAGACCAAAUAGUUUUUACUGAUAUCCUGCCACCAUUCUUCAAAUCAAAAACCCUCUUCUUCUCCCUGUCCGAAUCCACAUCUUUCUAUGUCAUUCUAAGCCAGACGCAGUACAUUGUAAGCAGCCAUUUCAUAUAACCGUUUCGGAAGACGUUUUCAUCUGUUUUUUGUUUUUUUUUUCUUACCGAGGGGCAAACUUAUUACAAAUCAAAAUUGCACUCAAAUUUAAAGAUUACUUUUAAAAAAUCAGCAGCUAAAACCUGCCAAGCUUCUAUAUUGUCAAUAUCCAAUUUUUUUUAUAAUUUGAGUUAAAUUGUAAAAAAAAAAUUGAUGGAACGAUGUGUUGUGGUUUGGUUUUUCCAUAAAUGAAUCCAGUUUUUCCAAAGACGUUUGUCCUAAAUAUUCUAGCAAAAAAGUUCGUUUACACGCUUUUUUUAAAUUCAGUUGAGUUUUUAAUAAAUUCAUUUAUUUUUUAAAUAAUGUAUUUAAAAAAAUAUCAUUUUAUUUAAGGAAAAAGGGCAUUAAACCGCUAACAUUUUUUACAGAAGUUGAUACUUUAGCUGACAGAAGUUUUUACAGACUUACAGUCAAAGGAAAGCCCCUUUUUGACAAUAAAUAUGGAUUUGGAAAUAUUUCUGGUUGACCUAUCGAAAGUGCAAACACCUGAGAAUUCAUUAUUUGGGAUUUUAAACAAUACAUAAUCUGUUAAAAAAAAAAAAUAGUUCUGAAUAGAAGUGUUCAAAGCCACUGCAUUUAGGGGUUCAUGCUCAACAAGGUUAAGCAAUCUCUAUCCUAUUAUAUAUUCUACUUUUGUUAGACAAGUUAAAGAACCUUUUCAUUUGUUGCAAAUAAUGCUAAUUGGAUCAUGUUGUCUAAUUCACAACUCUUACAUUUGCUUGAUGAAGACUCCUCAAAAGGUUUUUAUGGAAUGGAAUAAGUCAUUGGCUGUUUU